AUGUCCAUGUCUACCCAGUUCGCAGCUCGCUGCUGCAGACAGAUUGUUCGCCCCACCGCUGCCCUGCGCGUUUCCUCCGCUUCAUACCUGUCCAGCAGCCGGAGAUGGCAAUCCACGGAGUCUGCUGCUCCUGUCAACCCCAAGAUCACCCAGAUUGUCGAUCAGAUCAGCCAAUUGAACCUGUUGGAGACUGCCGACUUGGUCGCUAGCUUGAAGUCCCGCCUGAACAUCCCCGACCUUCCCGUCGGUGGCUUCGCCAUGGCCGCUGCCCCCGCCGCUCCCGCCGCCGCCGAGGAGGAGGAGGCUCCCGUCCAGCAGGAGAAGACUCUGUUCAACCUGAAGCUCGAGUCCAUCGACGCCGCCUCCAAGGCCAAGGUCAUCAAGGAGAUCAAGAACAUGCUCGGCCUGUCCCUGGUCGACAGCAAGAAGUUCGUCGAGUCGGCGCCCAAGGUCCUGAAGGAGUCCGUCCCCAAGGAGGAGGCCGAGAAGAUCAUCGAGACCCUCAAGGCCGUCGGUGCCAAGGUCACCAUGGACUAA